AUGGAAAAUUUUUUCCCUCGGCAUGUAAGCAUAACCGAGAUAGGCAAAGGUAACUGGAUAUACAGCAAAGGAUAUAUUGUGAAGGGUUUAUCCAUUUACGAUGACACUGGGAUAAAAGUAUCCGAGAUCCCAUUUAUUCCAAGGCAUUUCCAUGCUUUAACAUUUGAAUAUUUCUUGAUUGACGAUCUAGACACAAUAUAUCUGAUUAACAAGAACACGGCAGAAAUAUCUGAGAUUGGGAGGGUGAAGGAUGGAGUGGUUUCGGUUAGCAUAUCUAGAGAUGAAAGCUGGUGCGUUAUCAUCUCUACCACAGAAAUUCUUCUUUUUGACACGUACAUCGACCUCAAGAAAUCGAUUGGUAUCGAGGUUGAUAAUGUUAUCCGAGUUGAAUGGGCUGAUUAUGGGCUUUUUGCAGUACUAACCAAUAGUAUGAUAUUAUUUUACGAUACUGAACUCAAUUUAGUGGGAAAGAGCAAAGAAGGAAAAUAUAUAGACGUUUCUUGGAGAGGCAAGUAUAAUAUAUUUGGAUGCACAACAAGCACAGGCAUUCUUUUUGUUGAACCCAAUGGGCUUGAGCAUGGAAAUCCAUUAGAUGUACAAUGCAGCACACUAUCCUUUCUUGAAAACGAAGAUGUACUAAUUACAACUGAAAAGAAUGACGGGGGCUCUCUACUUAAGGUUUUUUACACAAAGAACUUUCAUUGGUAUUUGAAGACUUCAAAGCAGGUUCCUGGUAAGUUUUUAUGUACUGAGAAGAACACGGUGGUAUUUAAUGAUGGAGAGAGAUUGGUGAGGGUCUUUCUAUUUGAAGAAAGGACACGUUAUGGGCCUGAAUAUUAUGUAAUUGAUGGCAAUUGCAUACUUUACACAGACUUUUCGGAAAAGAUCAUUCCUCCACCCUUCUUUUCUACGAGAAUUGAACUCGAUGGAAAUAUUAUUGACGUCUUUCCCAGAAAAAAGAAAGGUGUAAUUCUCCAGAAGGACAAGGCGGUUAUUUUCAGGUGGCAGAAGGAUGAAUUUUUUCGUGAGAAAACAUUCCUUUUGAGAGAAGAAUUUGAUUCUGUUGUGCUAUUUGAUAGCUUUCUUCUGCUAAAGAACAGAAGCUCGUUUUUAAUUAAGGAAGUGAGUGGAGAAAGAGAAAUACAUAUAAGCAGAGAUUUAAAGGGAGAUGAAGGAGAAGAGGAGGACGCUAUAGGGGCGGAAGGUAUUAAUAGAAUUUCCAGUCGGUUACACGAUGCACUCAAGGGUCCGGAAGAUAUUAUAAAAUGCUAUAACUUCAAAGGGAAGUUAUGCCUAGUGUUAGAAAAUGGGUCUGUUAUCUAUGAUGGCAUUAAGGUAUAUUCUGAGAUUGAUCUGUCCCAAAGGUUUGAAGUAAUUAUAGAAGAGGAUAUUUAUGUUCAUAACGGAGCAAAGCUUUUCGUGAAUGGUAAUGUUACAGAGAACAUAGCUUCGUUCCUGGUCGGGGAAUUCGGAGUGGUUACCGUAUCUGAGGGGGUAUGUAAAUUUUUGUUUGGAUCCAAGCAAAGUAUUUGCCAAGUUGAUCAUAAUCUGCAGCUUCUAUGUGCUGUAGGCUUCAGAGUAAUUGGCAUAACCAGACACGGGACGCUUGAAACAUACACCCCUAGGAUUUAUACAUUAGCAUUUGUAAAAAAGCUUCUGUUUGAUGGAAAAUACAAGGAUGCUAUAGACAGGUGCCAAAGACAUAUUAUCCCCUUUGGAGUAUUUUUGGAUUAUGAUAUUGAAUUUCAGAGGUUUAUAGCUGUGUGUAAGGAUAUGCAUCUCAUAUCGUUUUUCAACGAAGCUCUUGAAAGACUUGGUGGGUUUGAUUUCAUUCUUGAAAGUGAGGAGGUCAAAAGAUUCAGAAAGAUUUUCAAUUCCACUAUAGCUCUGGAAUCUGAAAAUGCUAGAGAUUAUUUUAUCGAAACGGUGAAGAAUGACGAGUCAAUAGGGACAAGCUCUCUUGCACAUCUAGUUGGAUGGAAAAGUAAAAGAGACCUUCAUUAUCAAGAAACCUGUAACAAUAGGAAUCGAAAAACUCCAACAAAGAGCUGCAAGAUAACGAUAUGUGGGCGUAGACCUAAGGACUUCUUCAAUGAACUGCUCUUGUCUCUAAGCCCAGAAAGGAAUUUCAAGUUUAUUAUUUUCUUGUUGGUGAAAGUAAAUAGAAUCGAUCUAGCACUUCUGAUGGCCAAGCAUGACCUAAAAGCAGGAGUCGAGUAUAUGCUGUCUAUAACUAGUACAAACAAUAUUAUAAAUUCUGUGUUGGAAAGCUGUGAUGAAGGUUUAGUAUAUGAGGUGAUGAAGGUCUGCCAGAAAGAUUCGUCGGACUUUCUUUCUUUAAUUCACAGUUGCCCGGAAGAUCUGCGGAAGUUUAAGAUUAAUGAUUUCCUUGAGAAUAGAAUUAAUGCGCUUUGGCAUCUAAGUAGAACGGAGAUGAUUGAUCUCGAAAGAGAGUAUAUCAAGAAGCAUGGUCUUAUUGAUGAAGCACUAAUGUAUGAAACAUGCGGGUUGAGUACCAGAGAAGAAGGAUACUACUUCAAUCUAUGUGCAGAACUCCUUCCUUCUGAUAAGGCAUUAGCUCUUUUUAAAAAAGCAGGGAACGUAGAGAGGGCAUUGGAAGUGGCUGUAGAAAAUCUGUAUUGGAGAGAAGCUCUGAACCUUUAUGAUAAAGAGAAUCGAAGGGGGUUUUGCGAGUUGUUAGCCCAUAAGCUUGUUGAAUCUGAAAAGCACUAUGAAGCAGGACAAUUGUUUGAGGAGUUUUUAGGGGAGCCUGAAAGGGCCUUUGGUGAGUAUGUGAAGGCUAAAAGCAUGGGAGAUGCCCUUAGAUUAUGCUCUGACGACGAGUUACUUAUAAGGGAGGCACGUGAUAUUCUAAGGGAAAAGCUUCUAUCUCUUGAUGACAUAAGAAGAUCCUUCGGGAAAUAUAGAGGCAGGCUAGAAGCUCUUGAAGAAAGAGAAGAUGAUUGGAUGAGUGAUACAUCAUUCAGCUACACAGAAAACAUGAGAGAAAGUAGAAGCACAAAGGUCAAAAAGAGACCGGGAGGGAAGUAUGAGAAGGAAUUUGUUCUUAGUAAGAUCAGAGACAUUGGAUUAAGUCUUAUAAAGUGGAGGGAUAGUACAGAGGAUCUCUUGAAAGUGUUUGAGAAAUUUAAAAUGAAAGAAUGCACUACUGCACAUAAUACCUCAUUUAAUGUGGUAGCAAGUACUAUUAAGGCGGAGGUGGAUAACAUAUUCAAAACAGAAAAAAGUUAUCUCUAUGACCCGUAUAGGCCGGUCAUCGAAAAACCAGACCUGAGUAAAUGGUGUUAA